AAUUUUUAAUUAUUUUUCUUUUUGACAUUCCUGCUGACGGAAAUACAAUGUCGAACGAAGCCCCAGAAAAACCACCGUGCGACACACCGGAGCAUGACUCAGCCGGCGUCAACGGCUUUGACAUCAACAACGACGCUUCAAAUUCUGCCUUAGCAAAGGGCCUUUCCACUAUAAUAUCUUCUCUAAUCCGGGAAUUUGACGAUAGUGCUGCCGCCACCUCUCGUAGUCAAGAUCAGCUCUCUUCCACUCUCGAUCGUCUCACUGGAGAGCUUGACAAGCUGCUGGAAGAUGCCCCAUUGCCUUUUAUCAUGCAGCAUGCUGCCAGAAUUUCUGGUGUUAGGAAAAGAAUUACAUCGUUGAACUCACUUUUGAAGUCUAUACAGAGGCGUCUUGAUAAUAUCGACCACACAUUAUCUGCUGGUUUGAUACAUGAGAAGUCCUCAGGGGAUGGUGGGCGAGACCAUGAGAAUCAUAAGUCUUCAUUGAAGAGUUCAUGAUCAAAAUCCAGGAGAAGAUUCAAAUUUCCUUCGCAGUGCCCGUAGAAAUCUCCUUCUGAUUGCAAGCAUUUGGAACUGAUUCAGCCUUGUGGUGUAAAAGGUAGUCUGAUGUAUGAGGUUAUAACACACUGCGUUCUGAAAAGAUGUUCUUUUACCUGUCAAAAUUGCAUGGUUUCAGCUUUGUGCCAUACUACGUCUGAGUUGUCCAGGAAAGCAAAACAUUAUAAAAUGGAAAACCUAUGGUGACUUUUAGCAGCUCAGCUGGUGUAGGCCUUUAGGGCAAUUUGAAGGGUGUAUCUUUGUUAAACUUAAUUCUUAUAUUCUGUUCAGGAACAUAAUUUAAAUUGUUUUGCAUUAUAUCAGAUGUGUCCUUUGUUUUACAACUA